AUAGUUCUCAGAAAAAAGGCGGCAAAAAUCGCUUACCACAGAUUGUCAUGGUACAGUUAUCAUUUCUUAAAGUCGAAAAAUUUGUUUCAGAGCCAAAAAUUCUCUACAGAUUAUACGUGGGGAAUCUGAAGCCAAAUUGUUCGGAACAAUCACUGCGCAGUCUUUUCGCUCUACAUGCUGUCGAGGUCGAAAGCAUCUUAGUGAAAAGAAGCUACGCCUUCGUUGAUUGUGUAGACCAAGCGAACGCAGACAGAGGCAUUGAUAAAUUAAACGGUCUUCUUUGCGAGAUUUCAGACAGAAUGCAGGUUGAACCAUCUGUAGGACGGAGGAGGCGCUCCAACAAGAUACAGAUCAGGAAUUUCCCCAACCAUAUUGGGGUGGAAGAAUUAGAGGAGUUGGUCAGUAACUAUGGAGCAGUGCAGAAAUGUGAACUGGUGGGUGCAGAGGGUCUUGUGUAUGUGACAUUUGACAGUCCAGAUUCUGCUCAGUCUGCUGUUCAAAGUUUGAAUGACAUUGAUUUCCAAGGGUCAUCUAUAAAGGUUGACUUUGCCAGCAACAAGAUCCAGCGACGGCCCCGCCCAAACAACCAGGAGGGACCGAUGCCCGAACGUCGGGACAACCGACAGCAGAUGGGAGGACCCAGGGGACACCCCUUGGGGCAGGACAACAGGGUGCAGGAGCUACCUCUCAGGAUGGUGGUAGGCAGUGAGUUUGUAGGAGCAAUUAUCGGCCGCGCAGGGCAGACCAUUCAGAACAUCACAUCACAGACACGCGCACGGGUGGAUGUACACAGAGCAGAUAUGACAAUGACUCCGGAAACUGUGAUCACCAUCAAAGGCAGCCCGGAGAGCUGUGCCAGUGCCUGUGUGGAGAUCAUGAAGAUUGUACAGUCCGAGUCACAGGCCCUUGUCAAGGGCAGGAAGGGUCCACAAGAUCAGCUCGGUAGUGACAGAGAUCACCCGAUGAAGGUGUUGUGCCCCAACAACCUGUGUGGACGUAUCAUAGGAAAGGGUGGCUCAGUGAUCAAAGGUUUCAUGGAGCAGUCUGGAACACACAUAGUUGUCUCCAGUGCCCAGGAUGGCACAUACUACGCCGACAGGGUGGUCACAUUCACUGGGCCCCUUGACAACUGUAAGAAGGGCCUCGAGAUGGUCUUUGAGAAGAUGAGGAAAUGUGCAGAGCUGGACCAGCAGAACUUCCAGAACAACAUGGGUCCUUAUGGAGGCAUGGGGCCAGCAGGGCCUAUGGGCCCAAACUUCUACCAGGGAAACAGAGGGGGCCCCUUCCCUGGGCCUAGCGGUCCCUACCAAAUGGGUGGUGGUAUGUACCAGGGAGGGCCAGGCCUGUACGGAGCAGCUCCACCCCAGCAGCAGCAGCAGCCCACACUGGAGAUCACGUACGUCUACAUCCCGGAGACCACAGUGGGCGCUGUCAUAGGCACCAAGGGAACCAACAUCAAAAACAUCAUGAGAUUAUCUGGAGCAAGAAUCAAGAUCCUAGACCAGGCCCAGGGGGAGGGUGAUCAGAAGCGGGAGAGAGGGCCCAGGCACGAGGAACAACGUAAAGUCAUUGUCACUGGCACACCUGAGGCUCAAUGGAAGGCCCAGUUCUACAUUCUGGAGAAAGUGAAAACAGAGAACAUGGUACAACUAGAAGACGUCCACUUCAAGGCUGAGAUCAUGGUCCCUAAACCCAUGAUUGGUCGCAUAAUUGGAAAGGGGGGACAGCAUGUAAAGGAAAUGCAGCGUGUGACAGGUGCUAUAGUGAAGACACCCGAUACUAAAGGUUUCCCCGAUAAUGAGGAGGUCCCUGUCUCAGUUCUUGGACAUUUUUAUGCCAGCCAAUCAGCCCAGCGUCGUAUUCGUGGUUUGCUCAACCAGGCGUUACAGGGUCCGCCCAUGGAACGAGGCCAGUCCGGUCCACCCAAUCACCGUCGGGCGAUGAAUGGCAACUAACCAAAUGUGUUCCCUUUUGUUAUACAUGUUACAUUUAUGUGAGCGUUUGUGCUUUGUUUGUUUGUACAGUGUGUAGAUGAAAAUGCCUGAAAUUACGUUAACAUUUGUCUUUUUGAAAGAAAAUGAUGUCAAAGUUUAAACCAGUCAAAAUUUUUUUUUGAAGGUCAUGUUUUGAUAAACCUUAAUUUUUCUUUGCAUAAAAGCGUGCAGAAAACUUUAAACAAAUGUUUGCACUUUUAAAAAGAAAUGGUAUAAUUGCAAAGAAGAUUGUGUACGUGUUUGUCGUGAAAAUGGCAUUUGGGUUAUAUUUGUUUAGUGUUGAAGUAUUUAAUUACGAACAUGUCUAGUUUCUUGUGUACAAGAAGCGAGAAUUUGGUGCAUGUUGUGAGAACAAAUAAUUUAAUGGUCGCUGUUAACUUUUGUAACUUAAGGCCAGUUAAGGUACCAAAAUUAUUUUUGAUACUUGUUUGUUUUGUUAUUUAAAAAAGUAAUGAAGGUGUCCGCUUUUUGGAUCUUCAUGAAAAAAUGCCACAUUUACAAUGAUAUCUUUGGCAUUUCUGGUAGAAUGGGCAUUAAACUGGCUGAAGGUGCAAAUCUACCUGCUGUCGAUUCAAACGAAACACAAUGUAUCAAAAAAUAGUGCAAAACUUGACCUAUUACUAUUUCAAACACUGUUCAAUUCAUUCUGUCUGUAUGCGAUUUACUGUUCUGUUACCAUGCACUUCCUUAUGGAGGAAAUGUAAUUAAAUGCAAUAUAGGUUUGAAACAUUUGUAUUUAAUUCUUAAAUUAACCUCAUAUCUGUACAAUGAUUCCAAUAUUUGGAAUCAAAUUUGAAUAAACAAGGCAAGAAUGUUAAAAGUGAAAGCUCCAAUUUUGCUUAUAUUGUAUUGUUUGAUGUUCUCUUUGUAUAUUGACAGUUUCAGUAUAGAUUGAUUAUUACGAACUUUUAGUAUUUGUAAAUUCUGCAGUUCCACUACUUCUACUUUGUAUUAUGAUUCAUGGAAAAUAAAUGUUUUUCUUAAUUUCCUUUAAAUGAUAUUGUAAUACGUUAACUGUUUCAAUUCCCAAAAGUAAUGUAUAUGUUGUAUCCUGAUCAAUAUUUUAACAAAGUCUUUUCAAGUCAGUCUUCAACAAUCCCACUUACUGUUAAUAAUUUCCAUCAAACAAUAGAUUCAAUUGUUUCUAAAUUGCUUAACUACAUAAUCUUAAAAAAAACAACAGUUUUAUGAAUAUUGUUUCAAAUCCUUGUUGAAAGCCAAUUUACUUAUGGUGAUCCUAUUUCUUACUUUGUAUAUUUAUAAACUUGUAUAUACUGUUCAGUAUCGUUUUAUUGAGUCAUUUUCUCUGGAUUUAUUAUCUGAAAUUCUGAAUAAAAAAUCAUUAUAAUAAAUGAUUACUGAAAUGAACAAUAUCUUUUGAUAACCCUAAGUUGCAACAACCAUUUAACUCUUUGAAAUGAUAUUAUACUCUUUAAAAAUACAAUGUUUUGAGAAAAACGUAUAUAUUGAACUAUUAUCUGUUUUUUUGUAAAAAUUAUUGAGAAUUUUACUUUAGAGAAAAUACUGACAUUAAAACUGAGUUUGUUUGUAAAAGAAAAAAUAGCUGGUAAAAUUGUCACAUACAGUAUGAAAUAUACAUAUGUGCGAAUUUCACUAGUUAAUACCAAAAAAAUACACUUAAAUGUUUAAAGUAAUUUACAUUUAUUGAGAAAAAGGAAAUGUUUUAAACACAAACUUUGUCAUGGAAAAUGUAAUGUGACAGUUUUUGUUUAACGUAUUUUCUUUUUAUAACUGUUUGAAUUUAUUUCCUCUGAAAUGUUGUUCAAUACAAGCAAAUCAGUACUUCUUGUUCAUUAGUAACAAACACAACCAACCAAGUUUAAUGUGUUAAAUGGUAAAUUAGAUAGUGGGUUCCAAUCUUUGUCAUCCAGCUUUACCAACAUUGAUGUUGAUAUUUCAAAGAAAAUUUCAGUAAAAGCUGGAAUUUUCUAUGACUUCUAUGAGAGAAAAAGUCUGCCAAUUUAAAAAUGUUGAAAAUGUUCUGUUGAACAACAGACUGUAUUUGCUUGUAUUGCUGUUAUGGUUAUGAUAAUACCUUAUUACAAGUGUCAAAUAAUUGAAGGUGCAAUUGUUGGUAACUGAUACUAACCGACAAAUCUGCAAUAUGGAAAAAAAAGAGGCAUAAUGCAUGUGUGUGUAGUUUUGUCCCAGAUUAUCAUGUGCAGUAGGCAUAAUAUGUGAUGACAUUUUCCUGUUUUAAGGAUUUUUUGGUUUAUAAGUAGUCGCUUUUGAAUGAAAAUCUGGUAAAGUUGGGAAGUGUUGUCCCUGUUCGAACUGUACAAGCUUAUCUGGGAGGAUAUGUUUAUGCACAUGAUUACACUUUAACCCUUUCAGUGCGGGAACCGAAUUUUAAAGGCCUUUGCAAACAGUUUGGAUCCAGAUGAGACGCCACAGAACGUGGAUCAUCACGGUCCAAACUGUUUGCUAUUCUGAUAGUAUUCUUUAAAAAAAAUCGAAGAAAAUGCUAAUUUUAGAGAUUCUGCAGACGACAUUUUAGCAGACAACAAAUUUCCCAGCAUGCAAAGGGUUAAAGCUUUUUUUGUCAGAGCAUCAGAGCACAACUCGUAUCUGACACUGCAAUGAGAUUUUAUCAAAAUCAUUUUUCUUCAUGACAAUUGGUAAAUAGUCUGUUUAGCAGAGCAUAUAUCAGUUGCCUUGAAUAAACUUUGUCCGGGACUAUGUUCAAAACAUCAGACAUGUUACACAUGUUUUGAACACAGUCCUGUAAGAUAAUUGAAGUCGUCUGACAUUCACUUUUAAGGAAAUACUUGUAUUUCCUGGUAUCCUGCUUUUCCCUAGCACUUCUUAAAGAAAACAGACAUAAAUGCAAAACUAUUUUUAAAAAAUGCAGAAAACCCAAUCAAUUGAACAAAUAAACGUAAUACAUGUGUAGCAGCAUUGCGGGUCUUAAGUAUGUACAUCUUAAAGAACUACAAAUGAAAAUGUUUACUGUGUGACAAAAAAAUGCACAUACACAAACUGCAUGUAUUUCAAUAUGAAUUAUUUUUGUCAUUAUGGAGUGAUAAAGUAGCUAGGGAAAGGCCACUUGUUUUGUUUCUGCUAUUCACAAACAAUUUCCAUGGACCUUGUGAUUGCACAAGUAAAUGGUUUACAAUCAAUGUGAUGCAAUCAACUGUUUGUGAAACAUAACAUGGUUUGUGAAAGUUUGGAUGAAUAGCAGAAAGAGAGCAAAAUUAAAAAAACAAACAUCUGUAAAGAAGAAAUUUUUAUUAGUGCCAUCUGCUUAGAAAAAAAGAAUAUAAGUAAAUGAAAGUGUAAAAUAUAGAUUAAGCAUGCAUUUAAAAUACAAAAAGUAAAUACUGGAUUUCCAAAUUAAUGAUUAAAAAAUUGCACUGAAAUCUUAAUGUGUGUCAACAGCAAUAUAUUCCACUUUGUUAAAUUUCCUUUUUUUCCAAUUGAAAGGCACCAAAGUAAAAUAAAAUGUUUACUAAAAAAAAUGUAAGUAAGGUAGUUUCAAAUUAUUAGUUUUCAUGUAAUUUGUGUUGUUAUUUUUGAUCCCGCGUUCAGUACUUCACUUGGCAAAUUUAAGAUUCAUUUAAAUCAUUGCUAAAAAGAAAUUUAAAACAAAAAGUUGUCUUUUUAAAAUUUGUAAUCAUUUGCUCUAUCAGCUAAGUGUGUAUUAGUGUAGCAUUAACAUUGAUAAAAAAUAUUUUUGAAUUCUGUUGCAAAAAAGCAUGUUAUGUUCUCUGCAAUUAUCAAAUUGAAUAUGUUGAAACAUCAACGUUAAAGCUAUGUUUCCUUUAUCAAAUGGCUUCAAACAAGCAGCAUAUAGUCCAGUGCGAGUUUGAAUUUUUAUAAGAUUUGUUACAUUCAAACGCAGUAAAUUUGCUAUGGAUGCAAGUAGAACAUCUUUGUCCUCCAUAGUGCUUGAUUGUUUUUUUGGCGGUAAAAAUAUGUUAAGAAAUUUCUUUUCAGAUUUUUUAUUUGUAUGAUUUUGUAUCACUAAAUUAGACAAAGGCACUGAGCAACCAAAAAAUAUAUAAUACAAAAAAAACCUGUCUUUGCCUUUAAUAGUACACCGAUUUUGAAUAUGUAGUUUUUUUUAACAGUGCUUAUAAACUGGUAUUAUAUUCACAUAUAACAAACUGUAUCAUAUGUAGAGUUUUAUAUUCUAAACUUUUGUUUAAUAUCAGAAGCCUAUAUUUAAGCCUUUCUUGUGGUUUUUAGUAAAGAUAUACAGAACACUCACAUAGAAAAAGUAAGACAAGCUCUCCCUGCUUCGCAUUCUCCAUGUUCAGAAAUGAAUCUGAAUUUAGAAAUACUUUUUAAAAACUCUCACUUUGAGCCCUGUCAGAAUGGUGUCUCAUUGUUCAAUUGUCUCUGUUUUAUGAAAUAGCUUGGGAGUUACUAGCUAAAAAUACUUUUUUUUUUCCAAUUUCUCUGCUUAUUGUUGCCAUAGCUUUUUGAUAGAAGCCUUACAAUCACGGCUUUUUGGCUUUUUUGCCAACUGACCCAAGUAUUUAUAUAGUAAAACAAUUAUUUGGUUUAUGCUGAUUCCAAAAAUGUUUCUUAAGAUAAACUGUUAAAUUCCUUGAGCUAAAGUGGAGCCCCAUUUUGUCGUACAUCAUUUUUGUGUUCAAUAAUGUUUUGUAUUCCAUGGUUUUUCUGUAGGUAGUUAUAAUUAAUGGAGAGAACCCAUUUCACGCCUGAUUAAAACACUGUUAGGAAGUACUAUGUGUUAAAACAUGUUUGGCACAUCACUUUGCAGAUGGCUGAUAUGUUUGUGAGAAGCAAGUGUCUGUCUGGAUCUGAAAUUGCCAAAGGUUAGCGAAGGACUAUUGUAUUUUACCAUGAUACAGGAAGACUAUUAGCUGUGAUUUGCGAAAAUGGGUCUGAUGCCACAUGCGGCCAGUAAUACUGCAGACCAGCAUGUGUGCAGUCUUGUCAGAGGCUAUAAAGAACGGCAAGGUUUCAUGUUCUGAUAGGGAACAGGGUUGCAUAUGGGAAGACUGCGUUGAGGCUGGUCUGGAGCCUUACUGGCAGCAUAUGGCAUAAGAUCCAUUUUCAUACUGCUGCUCAUAGAAAAGUCUCUUAACCAACAGUCAGUCUCGUAAACAGAUGUACAUUCAUUGACAGAAAUUAGUAUAUGCUGCAUCUUGAGUAAAGUAUAGCACAAAAACUGCUUCAAACCAUCAUGGGUGGAAAUGGGUUCUAUUUUAUUUUAUUUUUCUGUGUCAUUUCUGGAAAAUGUAAGUUGUUAACAUUUACUGUGCAAGAAGACUUGAAACCACAUCUGUUUCCUACUGUGUGAUGUUGAUACCUUGCAAAUUGUGGCUUGAGCGUGCAAUUGUUGUUUCUGCCAAGUUAAUUCCAGCAGAUACUGUUGUUAUGCUGAAUUCACAAAAUGGUUAAGACAGGACUGUGUUCACUGGACUUUAAAUAUUAAAAUGCUGUUAUUUGAAACGAAUUUGGAAAGUCUACUUAAUUGAAAAUCAAUUACCUAGAUUGUUUGUUUAAAUUUUACCAUCAGCCUUGUACUGCAGACAAAUUGUAUUUCUUUUUAAAAUCAUUGAUUAAUUCUCAAUAUUCUCUUAUACAUCACUAUACAGGGAGCCUUAUUUGUGUUUUUGGCUGUUGAAGGUAUUAUUUACUUGUUCAAGAAUUCACCCAACAGAAUGCAUAGUAUAUCAAUACAUCUUUGUUGGACGAAUGUUUUGACAAGUAGUUACUGGAGAAAAAUAUACAUUGAUCUGUAGUUCACAGGCAGUCAAAUGCAAUUUUGUAACGAAGCCAUGUUCAAAUACCCCGUGUGUAUUGUCAAUUAUGAUGUUGAAAGAAAGGUAGAUACGAAUCUGUGUUAUAUUGGAGUUUAGGUGAUCACAGCAUGAUUGUAUUGCCAGCUACAUUUUCUACCAGGAAUAAAAAAGUUUAAACUAUAGAA